AUGGACGACUGGGACACCACCACCAAGAUCGGCUCCAAGGCCCGCGGCGGAGGCACGCAGAGAGAGACCGUCAUCAAGGGCAAGAGCGCCCUCAACGCCGCCCAGCGCAGCGGUUCAGUCAUUGGCACCGAGAAGAAGUACGCCGCCGGCAAUGCUGCCACCAAGCCCGGUGUCGAGGGCCAGCGCCUGACAAAGGUCGACCGCUCCGACGACAUCAUCAAGCCCAACACGGUCGGCAAGGAGGUCGGCGACGCCAUCUCCCAGACGCGCCAGAAGAUGGAGCCCAAGAUGACCCAGAAGGACCUCGCCACAAAGUGCAACACCACCCAGUCCAUCGUCGCCGACUUUGAGCGCGGCACCGCGGCCCCCGACCAGAAGAUCCUCGCCGCCAUGGAGCGCGUCCUCAACGUCAAGCUGCGCGGCAGCGACAUUGGCGCCCCCCGGUUCGCCAAGAAAAAAUGA